UUCCACCAAUUAUCUACUUAACAAUGAACAAAUCAAUCCAACGUGACUGCAUCGGAAUGCUUAAGAAAAUUAUUAGAAAGAAUGUUACUGUACAUCCAAUAACCACAGGAAGCCACCCGCCAUUUCUCUCAAUUAAUGGUACUGCAAAUGUUCCUCAUAAUUUACCACAACAAGCAAUUCAAUGAAACAAGAACAAGAUGAGUAGAAUAAAAUGAUUUGACAAUAAACAGAUUUCGGUUUUGCGCGGCCGUUGUGGCGCGAGUAUAAAAUUUCCAAAAAAAAGUUACA